GAUAAAUAGCUUGAAUCUGUCUUUCUUUUCACAACGAGGAAAGAAGAACUAGCUGCCAAAGAAGGACUAGCUGCCUCAGCUUUAAGAAAACAUCGGCUUGACUAUAUACAGCACAGUUAUAAAGGAAAAGGUCGGCUGUGCCAAGUAAAAGCCGUGUCAUAUACCUGAUAACCAGAGAUUACAAAAAAACUAUAUUGUGUGCCUUUGAAUUCCAGCGUACCAAGUCAUGAACAAGUUGGUCUGCCUCGUACUGGUAGCAUUUCUGGGAUAUUCUCAAGCACAGUACACAGAUGCAGGGUUCGGACCAUGGACGGAGUGGUCUUGCUGCAGUGCCACAUGUGGGGACGGAAAGUCCGUUCGAACACGAGAAUGUCUAGGCUCUGAAUGUGACGGCCCUUGCUUCGAAGUCCGGAACUGCAACGACGGCCCUUGUCCCGUUGACGGAGGCUGGAGCGAAUGGACGGACUGGAUGUGCUGUUCUAAAACAUGCGGCGGCGGUGAAACAGUUCGUCAACGAUUCUGCAACAGCCCCGCUCCUCUUAAUGGAGGCAAAGAUUGUGAGGGACCAUGCUUUGAAAUAAAACCGUGCAACACACACGAAUGUCCAGCACCCUGCGUCUGUGACACAUGGUCAGCUUGGGGCCAGUGUUCGGCCUCCUGCGGCAGUGGCGGUCUUCAGACCAGGAUACGAAGUUGCACUGGGAACGGUUGCCUAGCGACUGAUUACGAAAUGAGCCAACCGUGUUACGUUCAGGAAUGUCCCAUACCGUGUACGUGUGAGGAGACCUGGGGUGUUUGGUCUCAGUGUUCUGUGUCCUGCGGUGGCGGGUCAAGGACGCGGUCAAGGUCAUGCACGGACGGCCUGUAUGGUGGCCGGCAGUGUGUGAGGAGUGAUUACGAACAGACUGAGAUAUGUAAUUCAUAUGGCUGUCCAAUUCCAUGUCAGUGUGAAACAUGGGCAGCAUGGGGCACUUGUAGCGCCACCUGUGGAGGAGGCCAGCAGGUGCGAAAACGCUCGUGCACUGACGGAAUCAACGGUGGAAGGCCGUGCACGCCAUCUGAUUAUCAGGAAAACAGAUUGUGCAAUGUAUACGGAUGCCCAGUUGGCUGUAGUUGUCAAGAAUGGGGUGAGUGGGAACAGUGUAGUGCAUCUUGUGGUGGAGGAGAACAGACUCGAAGGCGUUCUUGCACCGACGGCAUUUUCGGAGGACGAAAAUGCACGAUAGAAGACUACCAGGAGACGAGACAGUGCAAUUCUCAAAGCUGUACGGUCCCCUGUACUUGUGGUGUAUGGAGUUCGUGGACUCAGUGUUCCAUGUCUUGUGGCGUGGGCGGUACACGUACUAAAACGCGUGUCUGCACGGGAGAUACCUGCAUCCCUAGUGAUUAUCAGAUUACGCAGCCGUGCGGCAGGUUUCCAUGUCCCGUCCCGUGUACAUGUGGCAUUUGGGCUGCCUGGUCUCAGUGUUCCGUGUCUUGUGGGGGAGGGCUACGGGUAAGAUCACGCACGUGCACUGAAGGUCAGUAUGGCGGCAGGCCAUGCGUUUCCAGUGACUAUCAACAGACAGAUAUUUGUAAUACCAAAGUAUGUCCAGUUGACUGCAAAUGUGGCGAUUGGAACCCGUGGAACGCCUGCAGUGCUUCCUGCGGCCCAGGAGGCGUACAGCUAAGAACUCGCUCAUGCACAGACGGCCAGUACGGCGGCAGGCUUUGUCAGGCCUCGGAUUAUGAAGAGUCCAGAGCCUGUAUUAACAACGUGCCUUGUCCAGUUGACUGUACAUGUAACGAUUGGGCACCGUGGUCGACCUGCAGCGCCUCCUGUGGGCCAGGCGGUGUAGAGACCAGAACUCGUACAUGCCAAGGAGGAGCGUUCGGAGGAAGACAGUGCCAGCCAAGUGAUUACAAGCAAACCAGAGAAUGUGUCAACAACGUCCCUUGUGCUAUUGACUGUACCUGUAACGACUGGACUCCAUGGUCUAAGUGCAGCGCUUCUUGCGGACCAGGCGGCGUAGAAACCAGAACACGCUCUUGUCAAGAUGGACUUUAUGGGGGAAGACUUUGCCUACCAACUGACUACAAAGAACAGAGAGCCUGCGUCAAUAACGUCCCAUGCGCUGUUGACUGUAAGUGCGGUGAUUGGACUCCAUGGUCCAAAUGCAGCGCUUCUUGCGGACCAGGCGGCGUAGAAACCAGAACGCGUUCUUGUCAAGACGGAUUGUACGGAGGAAAACUUUGCCUACCAACCGACUAUAAACAAGAGAGAGCCUGCGUCAAUAACGUCCCAUGUGCUGUUGACUGUAAGUGUGGUGAUUGGGCUCCGUGGUCUAAGUGCAGCGUUUCUUGUGGGCCCGGUGGCGUAGUAACCAGAACGCGCUCUUGUCAAGAUGGACUCUAUGGGGGUAGACUUUGCCUACCAACUGACUAUAAAGAAGAAAGAGCCUGCAUCCUUAGCGUCCCAUGCGCUGUUGACUGUAAGUGUGGUGAUUGGACUCCAUGGUCGACUUGUAGCGCCUCUUGUGGUCCAGGCGGCGUAGAAACUAGAACACGCUCUUGUCAAGACGGAUUGUAUGGAGGAAAACUUUGCCUACCAACCGACUAUAAACAAGAGAGAACUUGUGUCAAUAACGUCCCAUGCGCUGUUGACUGUACAUGUAACGAUUGGGCGCCGUGGUCGACCUGCAGCGCCUCCUGUGGGCCAGGCGGUGUAGAAACAAGAACGCGUUCGUGUCAGGAUGGUCUGUACGGUGGAAAACUUUGUCUGCCUAGCGAUUACAAGGAAACCAGGGUUUGCCUGAACACCGUGCCCUGUGCUAUUGACUGUACCUGUAACGACUGGACACCAUGGUCCAAAUGCAGCGCUUCUUGCGGUCCAGGCGGCGUUGAAACCAGAACACGUUCUUGUCAAGAUGGGUUGUAUGGAGGAAAACUUUGUCUACCAACCGACUAUAAACAAGAAAGGGCCUGCGUCAAUAACGUCCCAUGCGCUGUGCCAUGUACAUGUGAAGCAUGGAGCCAGUGGUCCACAUGUAGCGUGUCGUGCGGUGGUGGAAUACAGGCUAGAUCAAGAAGCUGUCAGGACGGAACGAACGGCGGACGCCUUUGUGGCGCAUCGGACUAUUCUGAAUCCAGAGCAUGCAAUUCGGGUUGCUGUCCUCAGGACUGCACGUGUGGCGCCUGGGAGGCCUGGACGCCAUGUUCCGCCACAUGUGGAGGCGGCAGUAGAUCCAGAAGCAGACUCUGCUAUGAGGCUAAGUGUGGUGGACGCCAGUGUUCUGAUGCAGACUUCAUGCAAGUUGACAACUCGUGCAACGCCGUGGAUUGUGGAGAUUAUAACAAAAAGUGCUGGUCUGACUGGAGCGCUUGGACGACAUGCAGUGCCACGUGUAAUGGCGGAAUCAGAUCCAGGACCCGUAAUUGCAUUUGUCCAACGCCAUCUGUGGGAGGCAGAGAUCUCUGUGAUGGACCAACUGAAGAACAGAGCACAUGCAAUUCUCAGUCUUGCGACGCUGUGAGUUACUGUGACAUGUGCAUUGACCGUCGUAACGGACCGGGCCAUUACUGGGAUCCUGAAGACUGCUCUAAAUUCUAUCACUGCUACAGAAUCGGUGGGAAAACGGUUUCUUACCACAAGCGUUGCCCACGAGGACUGUUCUGGGACCAGGAGAAGCUCACGUGCGUGUUUUGCGAAGAGGCGAAGUGUAGAUACGUGCGACAGCCAGGCCCACCAAACUGUGACAACAUUGAUCCAUGUCCCGGCGGCUUCGAGUACGACUCCGCGAACUGUGCCAAAUACUACGAAUGCAGUAACAACAAGUGGAUCCCCCACUGCUGUCCACCUGGCCAGGGCUAUGACCCAGACACGUUCAGUUGCUCGGCCUCUGCCCUCUGUUCAUCCACGUGCUCAGUCGAGCCACCCAAUCCUGAUCUUGGGGUUCAGUGUGUGUCCGCCGCUGGCUGGAAAAAAUGGAGUCAUCCCACUUAUGACCACAAGUACUCAUUCUACUGGCAUGGUAGCAUCAUUCCAUUUGAGUGUCAUCAGGGACACGUGUUCAACAUUGACCUCUGUGAAUGUGUCCGAAAAGUUGACAACGUCUGUGCGCGACAGUGUGUCGGAGAAGAAUACCUCGCUUGCUUCACCUUUGACAAGGACUUCAGCGAAGCACAAGAAAGAACAUGGCUCGACUCCCUCGGCCUGUCAAUUUCUACGACUGGCGGCAUCAAAACUCAAUGUGGCCAGGGCGCUGCGUACUUCAAUGGCAAAGGCCAUGCCGAAAUCCCACGAUUCACUGCCCACGAGUUUGGCACCUAUUUUACUAUCAGUCUGUGGUUUAGACAGACCGAUUCCGGUCUUGUUCGCCGCAGUCUGGUCAGCAAUGGGGAUUGUUUCGUUCCUGGUACAAUUGAUGUCCGAACCGAAGAAGACGCAUCGGGUGCUACUGGCGCAGGCCUUGUUACUUACACCAAGAACUACACCUUGGCCUACCAGCACGUCUCAGCUUCACUUGACGUGUGGCACCAUGCAGUGAUGACCUAUGACGGCGCCUAUAUCCGCUACUACAUGGACGGCGUAAUGCAGACACCUGCCGUUCAGGCAUAUGGUGCAAUCAAAAAGACCAACACGCCGCUUAUUUUCGGACGUGACUUCUUGUGCGAAGAUAGCAACUUUGUUGGCUUCAUGGAUGAAAUUAAAAUCAUCGCAAGAACUCUUAAUGACGCUGAAGUUGCGGCAUUGUUCGCUGAACGCUUGGAUUAGGAAACAACUUCUCAUUUUGAUUACAACAGCUCUCACCGAAUUUUUCGUUUCAAAAUGCCUUGUCAAGAGACUUGAGUUGUUAACCUGGUUUCAUCUCUAUUUAAAAGCCUCAAAUAUUAUUGGUCCUGUUUAUG